AAGAAGGCUGCAGAUAGAUGCAACAUCGAAAAGCUGCGUGCCAUAAAAACUCCAAAACAAUCCGUUAACAACCUGUCGCAACAAAAAUAAAAACAGUAGUGAAGCUGUUAUUACCGGAAGUAUCUGCAAUUAAACAAAGGCAGCGGUAACGAUGGAAGCCCCGCUGGAAGAUGAGACACCUGCCGGAGCCUUGGCCGGGAUCGAGGGACUCGACCUCGGAGUGGAGUUGAAAGCGUCCGACGAAGCGCUCACGUUGAUGUCCAGUGUUGAGCCUGCAGAGCUGCUGAAGUGUGUGUUUCCAGACUCUCUGGUGACUGUGUCAGAGGGUGGCCGAGACCUGGGGAAGUUCAGUGUGACGGUGGAGUUUGCCCGUAGAGUCCAGCAGCCCUGUUUGCUCCUGCAUGCUCAGAGCCAGGGAGCCAUCGAUGACUCCCCCUGUGGAACCACAGUGACAGCCUACCUAACCACGGAGCUGGAGGUGCUGGAGGAAGAUUACCACGAGUAUGUCAAGCUUGAGGGUCACAGUUUGGACAGGAGGUGUCACAUGGUGCAGCAUGACGGGCAGAUGCUGAUCGAUAAAGUCACCACUGUGGGAGAGGAGACGACAAUGGAGAGCGUUUCUUACCCCAUGUCCGCCCUAAACGGCCUCGUUACCGAGGCGUCCAACUUGCUGCUUAUGCGCCUGCUCGCUCUCAGGAAGAAGGUGCCCGAACACAUGACCUUUAUCUCCUUUGACCAGGGAUUACACAUCAUCCAUACCACUUUUAGUGAGCUGGGUCUGAAGCAGCUGCAGGUGGGGGAUGAGACUGUGGAGGUUUUUGGGGUGGAGAGGAUCGUUCACUCCGUGGAGGACAGCCCCACUACCUGGCAGUGCUACUUCCUGGCUGAUGGGCACAUGGCCAGCAGGGUGCAAGUGGGAUCACCGGUCACUAUGAGGCUUCUGCAGCUGCAAUCACAGCCAGAAAAAGGUUUUGAGAAGAUCCCUCUGGUUUGGGAAGAAGACAUGCAGAUGCGCUCCAAGUUUUUGGACAGAAAGGAGGAGCUGAAGGCGGACCAUGCCUCGUACCUGAGACAUCAUCCAGAGAUCCGUGCCCUCAUAUCUGACUUCCUGCAGUUUUUGCUGUUGAGAAAACCAAAUGACGUCUUCCAGUUUGCCAGAGAGUACUUCCUCCCUUUUGAGUCCCGCCGUCCUCCAGAACCAAGCCUGAAAGCCCCCUCACCCUGAAAGCACACCCCAGAGUUCACGUGCUGAAAAUAGCCUUUUAUAGCUUCAUUUAUCAUUUGGUUAAGUUAUAUCUUGUCUCUUUUUCCUGAGUAAACCAUGACUGGUAGUAGCCUAUACAAGGAAAUGUGGUGGGGAGGAGCAAUAACUUUAAACCCAGAUAGUUCACCUGAGCUCUAUGAUCUUGCUAAAAAUAACUUUUGUGAUCUGAAUAAAGUUGUUUGUUUCAAAA